AUGAAUGCAAGUAAAUUAGCAUCGUGCAUUGGCAACAAUUGCCGAAAUUUCAGCAAUGCUACAGAUAAUAUCAGACAGAGACCAGCCAACCCGAUACAACUCUUAUUAACCAUAGCUGGAUGCAUGGGAAUUAUUCCUAAUAUAAUACUUGUUAUAGGUUUCUAUACUAAGAAAUCUUUCAAAAAGCCAACAUAUUGCCUGCUUGCCAACCUAGCAGUUUCUGAUAUGAUAUUGAGCCUAGGAAGUCUAUCUAAUGUUAUCGUCAACUCGCUUGAAGCAAGUGCGUCUAUACAAACAUUAAUUAUGAUCAGUAAUGAGCGAUAUCUUGCAAUUUUUCGGCCUACUUCUGAAUUAACCCGUAAAAAAGCUAAUUUCCUAUGCCUCAUAGCAUGGAUUAUUUCUUUAUCUAUUUCUUUCCCAUUUAUUAUCACAACAUCUGUCACGAACGUAAUACCAAAACAAUGUGUUGCCUUUGAAAAAUUUACUAAUUGGACCGCCAUCAUUUUUGUUGUAAUAUUUAUCUUCCAGUUUGCUCUACCGACCGUAGUCAUUAUUACAUUAUAUUCAUUAAUAUUGCAUCGAUUAAGGAAAACAGUCCAGGGACAAACUGACUCUAGCAAAAGCAAAAAGUUAAAACGGAGAACUAUCUAUAUGUUGUUAACAACAACGAUUAUAUUUUUAGCCUUUUCUACACCAUGGGCUAUAUCACUGGCUAUCAUGGCAAUAACAAGAUCAUUACCAGCUAAGAUAGUGGUGGAUCCUAACUAUCCAAUAGCUGGAGGAAUUGUACGAAUCAGUCGAUUUGUGGUACCAUUUACUGCGAUUUAUAAUCCAAUCAUUUAUUGCAUUUUCAAUAAGCAUAUCCGACAAUUGUACUUUUCUUGCUGUUUCAAUUUCAUCAAAAAUUCAGCUGUUGUACCUAGCGUCUAUACAAACAGUGAUAAUGGUCAGAUCGACACUGUCAAUUCCACUGCAGCUGCCAAUUCAAAUACGAUCAUAGUUUCUAAUACAGCCGCAGGCAUAGUUGCAAAUUCAACUACAACAGAAUUUGCUGAUUUAAAUACAACUGCAACAGCUGAUUUAAAUUCAACUGUAGUACAAAAGUAUAUAUCGAAAGAUAAUGAGGCAAUGUCAACCGAUUAA